CCUGCAGGUUGACUGACUGGUGUGUUUUGUCUGGUUUCAUGGGUGGAUACAUGGAGGAGGGUGUCAUCUGCAUGACGGAGAAACAGAUUCCAAUCACUGCAGUCUGAGUGGUUUUCUUCAAACUGAUUCUUCUUCUGCUGAGCGCUGCAGGUCAGUGGGGCUCUGAGAGGAUUUACGAGAAGCCUGUCAUUAACCAGGAGACGGGAAUUCACGUGUGAUGGUGGGAGAGAGGUGGAGCAUGCUUCACCAUCCAAUCAGAGAGAGAGGAGUCAAGCCUCACCCUCACCUCAUCCUGCAGAUAAACGCUGAGUUCAAGUCAGAAGAUGAUCAGCACUCAGAGAGACGUCUGCUUAGACAUGGAUCGCCAUCUUCUUCUGCUGCUGCUGCUGUGGAGCUCAGGAGUGCAGGCUGAUGAAGAUCAUCCAGAUUCAGCAGUGAUCGCCAGGUUGGUGGGAGGAGCUAGUCGCUGUGAGGGGACUUUGGAGCUUAAUUAUCUUUCUGAGUGGAGACCAGUGAAGGACUAUCGAUGGGACCGGGAGGCAGCAGCUGCUGUCUGUAAACAUCUGGACUGUGGCUCUGCUGUUUCUGUAGGAAGUAGAAAACACUCUGUAACAUCUAUAACAUCUCUACCAUCUGUGUGGAGGAUCAGUGGUGACUGCUUCUCUGGAUCUGCUCUGAGGCAUUGCAUAAGAAAAGGGAUUUCCACCUCAGUACUGCAUGUAACCUGCUCAGACUCUGUCAGGCUGCUGAACGGUUCCAGUCUAUGUUCAGGCAGACUGCAGGUGAAGUCUAACCAGAGCUGGUCCUCAGUGUGUGAAGCUGACUUUGACCGGCAGGAUGCAGAGGUGGUCUGUAGGGAGCUUGGCUGUGGACCCCCUUCAGUCCUCCAGGGGGCGCUCUACGGAGAAGUGGAGGCUCCAGUGUGGAACAAAGAGUUCCAGUGUGGAGGCCAUGAGUCUGCUCUCCUGAACUGUAGAAGCUCAGGUUCAGCUAGAAGCAGCUGCUCACCUGGCAAAGCUGUUGGACUCACCUGUUUAGAUUCACUGGCUCAACCAAUCAUUAUUUUGACCUCCAUGGACGGGGUCUCCGAGGCCCAGCAGCAGGGCUUUCAGGUGUCCAAGGGCUCCAGCUUCACUGUCAGCUGCUCCAUCCAGCCACAGUACCCAGGAGGCUCCUUCCACCUCACCUUCACCUCCUCUGACACCAAGAACAACUACACGCAGCCAGCUGUCAAUCACUCUGCCAACUUCCCAUUUCCUGCUGCAGAGCCCGCCCAGCAAGGAAACUACAGCUGUGUUUAUCAAGUCCAUGUUUCAUCUCACAAGUUGUCCUCUGAGAGCCACCUGCUGUCUGUCACAGUCUCAGCCUCACCGCAGACGGGAGGACGCUGGGCUGAUGGAGUGUGACCUCAGCGUUGGUGCAGUGAAGAGGGCGGAGCUCACAAAGCUCAGUACUCAUUAUAUAGAGUGUUUGUCAUGUUCGCCCUCCAGUGUGCCAGGCAUGAAUUCCUGCCUGGUCCAGACUUCUGCUGCUGUGCUCAUUAAAGUCUGUAACACUAAA